UAGUGAGUUUCUGGCCUCCUUUACCAUUAGCAUGACUUGACAGUGAUCGUACUGAUAGCUACCCAUAGGACAACUGGAAGGUAUUUGAAUAGCAAAUCUUCCAUUUGCAUAGAAUUAAGUGGACCACAGUGAAAAACUGUUCAUUCAACUCUUCAAAUAAGCUUUCAAUAUUAAUUUAACUCUUCAAAAAAGCUUUUAAUACAAUAAUAUGAAUGCAACUUACACGUUGUGAAGUGGCCCAGUCACACCAGAUGUUCACAGCUUCACAUAAAAUCAUUCGUGUGUCUCCAGUAUGUGGCCCUGCACGUCUGCCCCAGGAGAGCAUGGGGAUGGUCGAACACCAAAGGUUUCGGGUUUGAGUCCCGCUGGCAUGACCCAUGUAUAAAAUGCAUGCAUGCAUGAUUGGAAGUUGCUUUGGUGAAACGUCUGCUGUAAUGGCUUAUAUAUCCAUAUGAACUAACAGAAGAGGGGCGUUGUGUUGUGUGUGGCCCUGAGCUGCUGUCCCACUAUCAGGGUAAAAGAACGAUUACGGGAGCAGAGAGCAGCUCUCAGUAUUGAACUGUAUCUCUCCAGAGAGGUGUUACUGUCGCUCCCUGCUCUCCUUAAGGUAAGGCUAUAGUUACUAGAGUAUGUCUCCCUUUGUUGUGGAAAACAAAUAGGAACCUUUAUGUACUGUUAAACUAAAUCUGUGGAUGGUGUACUUGUACGGGCUAUAGGAGGUUUAAAAAGAGGCUUCAGUAGCGGUACUCCUCCGUUGUCAUAGGAGAAGUUCUUACAUUUACAUGUUGCUGUUGUAUUGAUAAACUGUAUGUGUCGUCUUCUGCCUAGUCUUCAGGUGGUCGAAAGCGAUGGCUCUGUCAGCAGUCUACCUGUCAGGUGUGUACCUGUGGUCUCUGGCAGCCAUGUGGGGGGGACUAUGGGCUAAGCCGGAGAACCAGCCUGAGGCGGUUCUAGAGGGGCCGUUCCCUUGGUCUCACCAACGCCUCCCUACCAACAUCAGACCGGACCACUACUUUAUCCACCUGCACCCCAACUUCAGCUCAACCCCCGACUCCGACCUCUCGGCUUCUGACUCUUUAACUGGUCACGUCCUCAUCCUGGUCACAGCACUGGAUAACACCAGCCUCAUCGUCCUCAACAGCAAAGGCCUGACCAUAAAAGAAGCUACGCUAACGGACCUCACCUUGAGUGUAGCUGUCCAGAGUGACCUCAUACAGAGACCGCCCAGUGCAGACAAACAGAAGCGGAUACUGCUCCAUUCAGCCACCAGCAGACAGCAGGACGGAGACCAGCCCAGGGCUGCCUUUAAACCAGUGUCUCUCCGUGUGCUGGGCUCUCCCUCCUCGGAGCAGCUAGCUCUGCUGUCGGACAAGCCCCUGAUAGCAGGGAGGAAGUACCAGCUCUCUGUCUCCUACUCUGGUUCCUUCUCUCGCAGCUACUCUGGCCUAUACAAGGCUUCCUAUCAGACCCCUGACGGAGACACCAGAACAAUUGCGGUGACUAACUUUGAGCCGAGCUCAGCUCGCCAGGUGUUCCCAUGUUUUGAUGAGCCCAGUAUGAAGGCUGUGUUCUCCCUAGUGGUGGUCAGGCGCUCCCAACACAUCUCUCUCUCCAACAUGCCACAGCGGUUUAGUAAACACCUAGAAGAGGACCUGGUUGAGGACCACUACCAGACCAGCAUUAGGAUGAGCAGCUACCUUCUGGCGUUUGUUGUUGGAGACUUCAGUGUGAACUCAGCAAAGACCAAGAGAGGGGUCAAGGUAUCUGUUUUCGCUGCCAGUCAUCAGAUAAACCAAACAGAUCAUGCCCUCCUGGAAGCAGUGAAAACCCUGGACUUCUAUGAGGAGUACCUUCAGAUCAUCUACCCUCUACCUAAACUAGACUUGGUGGCGCUGCCGGAUUUUGAGAGUGGGGCAAUGGAGAACUGGGGCUUGGUAACCUUCAGGGAGACUUCUCUACUGAUUGGUCAGUUUGACAGCCUGAGGGGUCAACUAUGGGUCAGCCUUGUCACUGCGCAUGAACUGGCACACCAGUGGUUUGGGAACCUGGUGACCAUGGUGUGGUGGAGCGACCUGUGGUUGAACGAGGGAUUUGCCUCCUAUCUGGAAUACACUGCUGUUAGACACCUGCAGCCGGACUGGGGACUGGAAGACCAGCAUCUCCUAAUGAACGUUUUUCCAGCUCUGGAGAAAGACUCCCUGCUGACCUCUCAUCCUGUGUCUCGACCUGUCAGCUGCUCCACUAAGAUCAGAGAGAUGUUCAGUGAUAUUUCUUACCACAAGGGAGCCAGUAUUCUGGGAAUGCUUCACUCCUUCCUGUCUGAUGAUGUGUUCAUUGGUGGAAUCAGAAAGUAUCUGAGUGAACAUCGCUACAACAACACUCAGCCUGAUGACCUGUGGAAGGCUAUGUCAGAGAAAGCCAAAAACAGCAAGGAGCCAAGAGCUGGAAUACUGGAUGUGAAAAGCCUGAUGGACUCAUGGAUAAUUCAGAGGGGGUAUCCGGUGGUGUCCAUCUCCAUUCAGGGGAGACAGAUACAUAUGAGACAGGACCUAUUCAGCAUCCUCCCUCAGAACAACACAGAAGCCCAGACACUGUGGCAGAUACCUUUGACUUUCUACACCAGCUCCGUCUCCUCUGUCGCUUUUCAUCUGAUGAAGAGCAAAGAAGAGGUGCUGGCUCUCUCAGAGGAGGUGUCGUGGAUCAAAGCCAAUGUCAACUCCCAAGGUUUCUACAGAGUCAACUAUGAUGGGGACACUCUGAGAGCCCUGGUCACUGAGCUGCAGGCCGGGGAGGAGGGCGCCCAGGGAGGGGCUGCUGGCUUC